UUUCAAACCCCAUUGUCCAGUCAAGGUUCCUGUCCUAAUUUAUACUCUACCGAGCAACUACUUCUUUUCCCCUCCCUUUGUUGGCCACUUGACCGGGUAUAUAAAUCCCCGCAUUUCCCCAAUUUCUUGCUUCAUCCCUACUAUCACUUUCUCUUCAUACCAUACUCUCCCUACACAUUCCACCAUGGGUAAAGACGACGAACCUAGAACCUACCGCUACAACGAGAAGCCGGUCUACACAACCUCCAAUGGCUGCCCGGUUUUUGACCCCCAGGCCGCGCAGCGCGUUGGCCGCAACGGGCCACUUCUACUGCAAGAUUUCCACCUGAUUGACCUCCUGGCACACUUUGACCGGGAGAGAAUCCCGGAGCGUGUGGUCCAUGCCAAGGGUGCUGGCGCCUAUGGCGAGUUUGAGGUUACCGACGAUAUCAGCGACAUCACUGUCAUCGACAUGCUUAAGACAGUAGGCAAGAAGACCAAGCUUUUCACCCGUUUCUCCACCGUCGGUGGCGAGAAGGGUUCCGCAGACAGCGCUCGCGACCCUCGUGGCUUCGCCGUCAAGUUCUACACUGAUGAGGGUAACUGGGACUGGGUCUUCAACAACACCCCCGUGUUCUUCCUUCGUGACCCCGCCAAGUUCCCCAUCUUCAUCCAUACCCAGAAGCGUAACCCUCAGACAAACCUGAAGGAUGCAACCAUGUUCUGGGACUACCUCUCCACGCACCAAGAGGCUGUUCACCAGAUCAUGCAUCUCUUCAGUGACCGCGGUACCCCUUACUCCUACCGCCACAUGAAUGGCUACUCUGGCCACACCUACAAGUGGAUCAAGCCGGAUGGCACCUUCAACUACGUUCAGAUUCACCUGAAGACCGACCAGGGCAGCAAGACCUUCAACAACGAGGAAGCGGGCCGUUUGGCCUCCGAGAACCCCGACUGGCACACCCAGGAUCUGUUUAACGCCAUUGAACGUGGCGAGAAUCCCUCCUGGACUGUCUACGUCCAGACCCUGAGCCCCGAGCAGGCCGAGAAGUUCCGCUGGAACGUCUUCGACCUGACCAAGGUCUGGCCACAGAGCGAGGUACCUCUGCGUCGCUUCGGCAAGCUCACCCUCAACAAGAACCCCCAGAACUACUUCGCCGAGGUGGAGCAGGCCGCCUUCUCUCCCUCGCACAUGGUUCCCGGUGUGGAGCCCUCUGCCGACCCCGUGCUGCAGUCCCGUCUUUUCUCCUAUCCCGACACCCACCGCCAUCGUCUCGGUGGCAACUACGAACAGAUUCCCGUCAACUGCCCCAUGCGCGCCUUCAGCCCCUGGCAGCGUGACGGCUACAUGAACGUGCACGGAAAUUACGGCGCAAACCCCAACUACCCGUCCACGUUCCGCCCGUACGAGUACAAGCCCGUCAAGCCCAGCCAAGAGCACGAGAAGUGGGCCGGCGCCGUCAUCGCCGAGCAACUCCCCGUCACGGAGGAGGACUACGUCCAGGCUAACGGUCUCUGGCAGGUCCUGGGCCGCCAGCCCGGCCAGCAGGAUGCCUUCGUCCACAACGUCUCCGUCCAUCUGUGCAAUGCCCACGAGCGCGUCCGCAAGGAGACCUACAAGAUGUUCACUCGUGUCAAUAAGGACCUGGGUGCUCGCAUCGAAAAGGCGACCGAGGCUAACGCCACCCACGCCAAGUCUGCUCGUUUGUAAUCCAAGAUAUAUCUAGCCUUG